UAUUUAGUAUACAGUUCUAUGGAAGAAUCCAUUGCAAUCCAUUAGCAAAAUUUAAAAAAAAACAGUGAUAGUAGCUGGAAUCUACGCCUAUCCAAAGUUGCUGAGUUAUCUAUGGAAAAAAUCAAAUAGGCCUAGACCUGACAGGCCUAGCCUAUCCAUAGAAUUGUUCAUGAUAGCCCACUAAAAGGAUUGCUGCUGGUGAAUGGACAAAAUGUCAUGGAAUCAUGAUUUUACAGAUUUUCAAACUGUUCCAAAAUUAAAUUUGAAUAUGCAAGCUAAUCAGAAGACAAGACAACCCACAAAUACUCCAUCCAGUAGUUCAUCAGAAAUUAAGAUACAAGAUAUUACUUCUGGACAUUCCUAUAUAAAUUUUGUAGGAUUGAUAAUUUGUAAAGAUGGGCCCAAAUCUAUUAUUAAUAAGAAAGGCACUGAAAGACAUUUAUUAUCAUUUACUGUUAGAGAUAGUGAACAAGAUUUUAUAAAUUUAACAUUGUGGGGUAGUGAUACCUUUAUUUCAAAUUAUAAUAGAUCUACACAAGUUGGAGAUGUUGUUCAAAUCAGCAAUGCCCAAGUUCAAACAAAACAAAAUAAUGGAAUGGAUGAUAAAUACAAGCCAUGGACACCAAGUGGUUUUCAGCUGAAUGUAUCAGAAAAUCAUGGUAGUAUAGAGGUAUACAAUGGUUGGGAUGUUGAUCAUUUGAGAUCAUUACAACAUAUACCUAAUAAAGCUAAUAAUGAUUACUAUACUCUUGAUGAUAUCAAUGUUAAUGGUAUGUCUUUACAAGGAGAACAUGUUAAUUUAUUGGUUGCUGUUAAAAAGCUAGGAAAAGUAAGAAAUAUAACAACCAAAACAGGGAAGACUACAAAGAAAUGUGAAGUGAUAUUGUUUGAUGAAACUUGUGCUAAUCUUCCUUUAGAUUUAUGGAAUAACAAUGUUGAUAUAGCUCAAUUAUGGAUACCUCAUCAAACAGUAAUAUUUGCUGCAGAUGUUAAGAUAAUUUAUAAUGAAUUUAAAUCAUCAAUGAUUGCUGUAUCAGAUUCAAAAACUAUUUUUACUAUUGAUCCAGAUACCCAAGAAGCUUACAGCUUACAUAGUUUCGCAACUUCUGAAAAAAGUUUUACCGAAGAUACUAGUUUUAAUGAAGGCAAUGUUUCAUUCAGUCGUGAACCUGAUCCAGAUUUGGAUUCCAUUAGAGAUAUUUAUACUGUAGAAGAAAUCAAAAAGAAGGCACAAGAUGAAAAUGAUAAACAGACAGAUUAUGGUGUAGCAUUUGUAUUUGUAUCAUUAUUGGACAUUGAUAAUGAAGAUAAAAUAAUAACUAAAAGAAUUUGUGAGAAAUGUAAAAGAGUAUUAAAGAAAGAAAGUAAUUAUAUAUGUUUGAAUACAGUAUGUAAUGGUGAAGAUGAUAAUAAUAUGAUCAAUGAUAAUUAUAAUCUAGAAUAUAAUAUUACCUUGUCUAUAUCUGAUCAUACAGCUACCUUAGAUUUUACACAUCUACAACCUACAGUAGCUGAACAUAUGCUUGGGUUUCCGGCUGAUCAAAUUAAUCAUGUCAGUUUGGAUCAGUUAACUCAAAUUAAAUGGAAAUAUCUGUUAGAAAGAUGUAAAAUCAAAUUUAAGUUGAUCAAAUACAAUAAAGAUUCAAUUAGUAAAUAUACAGUAAGAAUUUUAUCAUUAGAUUUAGCAGAUACAGAAAAUGUUUUGAAUUACUUUGCAACACAAUAAUUAUGUAUCAUUCAUCUACUUGAAUGAAGUCAACCAUUCAGAAGCUGUGAUAUUAUGUAAUUUCUGUGAUAUUUUUUGUAAGUGGUUGAAUUUAAAGUUGUUAAAUUGUUACCAUUAUAUUAAAAGUUUAAAAACAUG